GCAGGCCGAACUCCGCUCCACUAUGCUGCCGCUGAUCCGAACGGCGAGCACAUGAUCAAAGUUCUUCAAAAAGCAGGAGGAGACGCAUUCAUCGACGACAAACACGGCCAUACACCCUUCUACUAUCGUACACAUGGACAACGAUUGAAUGUACGUAGUAUGAAGGAUAACGCAGUGAUGAACCAGUUAAUGUCUGGACAAUUGAGUAGAACACUUCUACAAGGUUAG